UUGAAGAGUUCCAAUUAAGUGACCGUGAAGCUCUCAAGAUGGCACUGAAGUGGGUAUCUGGGGAUCAAGUUAAAAAUGUCCUCACGUAUGAACAUUUAAUCCCUGAGAUGGAAAAGGCACUUGCCCAGUUCUCCCAGGGAUCAGUGGUUCAACCCGUAAGGACAGUAGUACCUGUCAGCAAAGCCAAUGGGUUCCUUGGUGUCAUGCCUGCCUACAGUCCAGAUCAGGAAGCCUUAGCCACCAAACUUGUCACAUUUUUUCCAAACAACAAAGAUGCACCCACCCACAACGCUGUCAUUGUUAUGUUCAAUCCAGACUCAGGAGUGCCAGAAUUGUUAAUGGACGGAGAGGUGAUUACAACGAUGAGAACUGCUGCUGUAUCCACCGUGGCAACAAAGAUUCUGUGUGGAGAUGACCCCCAGGUGUUGGCGAUUUUAGGAUCCGGGGUUCAGGCACGGUCUCACUUCCAGGCCUUGACAUCUGUAUUCUCAUUCAAAAAGACAAAUGUUUGGAGUAAAACUCCAUCAAAUGCACAGAAGCUGGCAGCGGAGAUCAAUGGGACGGCUUGCAACUCAGCAGAAAUGGCAGUUAAGGAUGCCGAUGUUAUUAUCACAGUGACUUCAUCCUCAGUUCCAGUUCUAAAAAAAGAAUGGGUCAAACCAGGAGCUCACAUCAAUGCUGUGGGUGCAUGUCGUCCAGACUGGCAGGAGAUUGACCCUGCCUUGAUGAACUCAGCAGUGCUAUUUGUGGACAGUCGUUUGGCAGCUCGUAAGGAGAGUGGGGACGUCAUACUCUCUGGGGCGGAAGUGUAUGCUGAACUAGGAGAAGUCAUCAACAAUGUAAAGGAGAAACCUAAAGGGGAGACAACUCUGUUUAAAUCACUUGGUUUGGCAGUGGAAGAUGUUUUGUCUGCAAAAUUGGUUCAGGACUUGAUAACAGACUGAUUUGAUUUGUGGUCAUUUUGGGAAAAAAAUGCCGGUAUGUCAGUACCUCUAUAAUCAGGAACCAAGUUAGCCAGGACAAUGUUAGCCGGGACAAUGCAUGCUACUUGUUGGUUUACCAGUAUAAAGGAAGCUUUUUUUUGCCGAAAACAAUGGGCAUGAUGGUAAAGUAAUCCAUUGUUCUCGGCCUUCCUAUCAGUAUGGCCAGUAUAUGUUAUUUGUGGAUUUACAGUGUAGUUGAAACUAUUUAAAUGCUGCCGGUAUGGAGAAAAACUGAAAUCUGAAAUCAGAAAUGUUUUAAUCAGCUCGGUGACAACAAGGAGACGCUGAUGUCAAUGUUUUAGAGGGAAAAUUUGAUCAUGUUGGCACCAGUAAAUUAACUUGGAUGUUUUGUGGAUUUGAUCUUUCAUCAGUUCAUGCUAAAACUGAAAGUGCUCCAUACCAAUACAAUUCAUCAGUUAGGUUUAUACUAAUUGGUAAAAAUGGUGCUUGUAAUCAGAUGAAUUUAAACAAGGAUGAACAUACUUGUUAUGGACAAUGCAAUUUACAUAUCUUGUUUUUUCUUGCAAAUAAAUAAUAUGAUCUACAAACAUGAAAUUCAUGAUUUGUUGCAAAUGGUACCUUUUAUUACCGAUAAAAAACAACAAAGACAGAAUCAUUAUGUAGAUGGCUUUAAUCUACCCACCGAAGAGACUUAUAAUUACGAGAGUGAGGAUGUCCAGUCACAUGUUACUUCACUACCGUCAAACGACCUUGAAAUAUCACAAAUAAAUAACAUGGGUUAUAUCUACAAUAGGGUCAAGCUUGCAGGAGAUACUUUUUUCAAUAAAAAUACAAAAAAAGUUUUUAAGAUUAUCAACUUUCUUUUUCAAAAUGUCUGGCUGUUAAUUCUGUAAACCAGAUAAUAUAAACACAACUAAGUUUCACUUCACAAAAAAUAUCACUAGAACUUUUAUAAGUUCAUCUUUUCAAACUUUUCAAAAUUAGUUCACACAAAUAAUUUGACAGGAAAUGAUGAGAGUAUCUGCUAGAGAAACAGUAAAUACUAGGUAUGUGGUAUUAACGGACAGUCACAACCUGCCAACAUCAUGUCCCAGAUGGCUUCAAACUGUAUAACACAAACUACCGACAUCAUGUCCCAGAUGGCUUCAAACUGUAUAACACAAAACUAUGGACAUCAUGUCCCAGAUGGCUUCAAACUGUAACACAAACUACCAACAUUAUGUCCUAGAUGGCUUCAAACUGUAACACAAACUACCGACAUCAUGUCCAAGAUGGCUUCAAACUGUAACACAAACUACCGACAUCAUGUCCUAGACGGCUUCAAACUGUAACAAACUACCGACAUCAUGUCCCAGAUGGCUUCAAACUGUAACACAAACUACCGACAUCAUGUCCUAGAUGGCUUCAAACUGUAUAACACAACCUACCGACAUCAUGUCCCAGAUGGCUUCAAACUGUAACGCAAACUACCGACAUCAUGUCCCAGAUGGCUUCAAACUGUAACACAAACUACCGACAUCAUGUCCCAGAUGGCUUCAAACUGUAUAACACAAACUACCGACAUUAUAUCCCAGAUGGCUUCAAACUGUAAUACAAACUACCGACAUCAUGUCCCAGAUGGCUUCAAACUGUAACACAAACUACUGACAUCAUGUCCCAGAUGGCUUCAAACUUCACAGCGACUUCACUUUUAGGUUGAGUUACUCUUUAUUUAAAUUGUUCAAAUCUGACAUUGGUAGUUUAAGCCGAAUUGUAUCAAAUGUUGAAGGUUCAAACAUACUGUACAAAAUAUUCACUGAACAUUAAAACUCGUGUCAAAACCUAGAAACAAGCACAGCGAUAGUAUUGGAAGUGCAUCAGACACUGAAGUGCUCGGUAAAAUUUGUGUUUUUAAAAAUGAUGCAAUAUUGGUAAGCUUUCUCUAGAUAUCAAAAUACUCCAUGAGUAAAUUGUCACAUCAAUAACAAAGCUAAGUGUGAUUAAAUUUUAAGAAAAAAAUCUUGAAAUUCAAAAAUGUCUUCAUGUUUACUACUGAGGAAAAAUAUUUAUUGGACAAGAAACCAAUUACAGUUAAUGAAAUGAUUAAAAUGUAAAUAUUCAAAUUAUCCAU